GGCAAAGUUUCAGUCAAUUUUCAGCAGUCAAGCCAAGCGGUCGCACAAGGAAACAACAAGCUCCAAACGUUUGGAAACGUCUAUUAAAAAAGAGAUUAGAGAGGAUUACGUACUUAAAGAAGUAGCACUCGCACCUCGCAAAACACCUACCAAAACCAAACAAACACAAAAACUGCAAAUAUGUCAGCACGCCGCGUCACAUUGAACACACGCGUUUCGCGCGGCUCCACCUCCACGCCGGUGGGUGGGGCAUCGACCUCCUCAAGGCUGGGCGCCACCUCGCCCACCUCACCCACCCGCACCACCCGCAUCCAGGAGAAGGAGGAGCUGCAGCACCUGAACGAUCGUCUCGCCUGCUACAUCGAUCGCAUGCGCAAUCUGGAGAACGAGAACAACCGGCUCACCCAGGAGCUGAAUCUCGCCCAGGACACCGUCAACCGGGAGACCUCCAACCUGAAGGCGGUCUAUGAAAAGGAACUGGCCGCCGCCCGAAAGCUGCUCGAUGAGACGGCCAAGGAGAAGGCCAAGCUGGAGAUCGAUAUCAAGCGUCUGUGGGAGGAGAACGACGACCUGAAGCCGAGACUCGAAAAGAAGACAAAGGAGGCAACAGUGGCCGAAAACAAUGCCCGCCUGUAUGAAUCUCGCUACAAUGAGGUCAACGGCAAGUACAACCAGGCUCUGGCCGAUCGCAAGAAGUUCGAGGAUCAGUCCAAGGAACUGGCCUUGGAGAACGACCGCUUGCGUCGCCAACUGGAUGAUCUUCGCAAGCAGCUGGAGGCGGAGACCUUGGCCCGCGUGGACUUGGAGAACCAGAACCAGAGCCUGCGCGAGGAGCUGGCCUUCAAGGAUCAGGUUCACACCCAGGAGCUCACAGAGACCCGCUCCCGUCGCCAGAUCGAGAUCAGUGAGAUCGAUGGCCGACUUUCUCGCCAGUAUGAGGCAAAGUUGCAGCAGUCGCUCCAGGAACUGCGCGAUCAGUACGAGGGUCAAAUGCGCGCCAAUCGCGAGGAGAUCGAACUGCUGUACGACAAUGAGAUCCAGAACCUGAAGGCUGCUGCCAACAGGGCCGCUCAGGGAUCUGCUCAUGCCACCGAGGAAGUGCGUCUCAUGCGCACCAAGAUCGAUGGUCUGAACGCCAAGCUGCAGGAUCUGGAAAACACCAAUGCUGGAUUGAAUUCUCGCAUUCGGGAGCUGGAGAACCUUUUGGACACCGAACGCCAGCGUCACAACCAGUACAUUGCCUCCUUGGAGGCCGAGCUGCAACGCAUGCGCGACGAGAUGGCCCACCAGUUGCAGGAGUACCAGGAUCUGAUGGACAUCAAGGUGUCGCUGGACCUCGAGAUCGCCGCCUACGACAAGUUGCUGUGCGGUGAGGAGCGUCGCCUGAACAUCGAGUCGCCCGGACGUCCCACUGCCGACUCUGGGGUCUCCAGCAAUGGCACCCACUUGAGCGCCAGUGCCAGUUCUCGGUCCGGUAGGGUCACGCCCAGUGGUCGUCGCUCGGCCACGCCCGGAAUCUCGGGAUCCAGUGCCGUGAAGCGACGCCGCACGGUGAUCGAUGAGAGCGAGGACCGCACUCUGUCGGAGUAUUCGGUGAAUGCCGCCGCCAAGGGCGACCUGGAGAUCAUCGAGGCGGACGUGGAAGGACGCUUCAUCAAGCUGCACAACAAGGGCACCGAGGAAAUCAACCUGACCGGCUGGCAGCUAACCCGCAUUGCCGGCGACGAGGAGUUGGCCUUCAAGUUCUCGCGCGGCUCCAAGGUGCUGGGAGGUGCCAGUGUCACCAUUUGGUCGGUGGAUGCCGGAGCCGCCCACGAUCCCCCCAACAACCUGGUUAUGAAGAAGAAGUGGCCGGUGGCCAACUCGAUGCGCUCGGUGCUGGCCAAUGCCGACAAAGAGGUGAGAAUCUUGUCCAUAUACAACACGUGCGGCACUUGCGACAUCUGCCGCCCCUGCAGACACCUCGAGUUUGUGCUCGACCAGAUGUUGCCAGCUACGACCGUGUCCGUGCUAACGUUUCCAGCCACACCUCGCGGCACCGCAGCAGCGGAACGCCCAGCACGGGCUUUACCCUCGGUUCCGGAGCUGGCUCCACUGGCGUGAGGAGUCUCUUCUCCCUGCUCUUCUAAAUUCGAAUCGCGUUGGAUUGGAUUUGAUUUGAUUGAAGUGGAUUGAAGCCCCUCUUCAAGACAAGCAGCCCAGCCAAGCCAGCCAAGUCAGCCAGCCAGCCAGCACCCAACUCACCGCAGAGACUCACAGACUCCGAGCUGCACAUUCACAAAUCACACACGGAUCUGAUAUAGAGAUGCCUAUCACAUAUCAAUCAACAUGUGAAUUAUGUACAACAAACAACCUUUGUUCAACUCUUAAUGUUAAAUGUUUAAGUGCCCUUAGUUCAUGUCUUCGACUCUAUGCGUCUCCUAUGCUUAAGUAAGAUUUUUUCACUCUAAACUUUCUGUAAUUUAUGAUGAGAACAUGCAUUUUGGUAAAAAUAAAAAAAAGAACACAAAUAUA